AUGGAAUUCGUUGCAGAACAAACUGAACCAGUGGGUCAAUCAAUCCAGCAGCAAAAUAUAAAUACAUACGGCGGACAAGGCGUCCCACAACUGCAUCAUGACCUACAACAGCGACAACAACAACAGCAGCAGCGUCAGCAUCAGCAACUGCUGACAUCUCAGUUGCCUCAGAAAUCUCUGGUAUCCAAGGGUAAAUAUACACUACACGAUUUUCAGAUAAUGAGAACGCUUGGUACCGGAUCUUUUGGUAGAGUUCAUUUGGUGCGCUCCGUUCACAAUGGACGGUAUUAUGCUAUAAAAGUUUUGAAAAAGCAACAGGUUGUCAAAAUGAAGCAGGUUGAACAUACCAACGACGAACGACGCAUGCUAAAGCUUGUGGAACAUCCAUUUUUAAUUAGAAUGUGGGGGACGUUCCAGGAUGCUAAAAAUAUCUUUAUGGUGAUGGAUUAUAUCGAAGGUGGAGAACUCUUCUCAUUACUGAGGAAGUCUCAAAGAUUUCCUAAUCCCGUUGCAAAAUUUUAUGCUGCAGAAGUCAUAUUGGCGUUGGAGUACUUGCAUGCCCAUAAUAUCAUCUAUAGGGAUUUAAAGCCAGAAAAUAUUUUGUUGGAUCGAAAUGGUCAUAUAAAGAUAACCGACUUUGGGUUUGCCAAAGAGGUGCAAACAGUGACGUGGACUCUCUGUGGGACUCCGGAUUAUAUUGCUCCUGAGGUUAUCACAACAAAGCCAUAUAAUAAAUCCGUGGAUUGGUGGUCUUUAGGUGUGCUAAUCUACGAAAUGUUAGCUGGUUAUACGCCCUUUUACGAUACUACGCCAAUGAAGACGUAUGAAAAGAUUUUACAAGGUAAAGUAAUAUAUCCACCAUAUUUUCACCCUGAUGUCGUGGACCUACUAAGCAAACUGAUCACUGCAGAUUUAACAAGAAGAAUUGGUAAUUUACAAAGCGGAUCCAGGGAUAUUAAAGCCCAUCCAUGGUUCAGUGAGGUUGUAUGGGAAAGAUUACUAGCAAAGGACAUUGAGACACCAUAUGAGCCUCCCAUCACGUCAGGUAUCGGUGACACAUCUUUAUUUGAUCAGUAUCCUGAAGAACAGCUAGAUUAUGGUAUUCAAGGUGAUGACCCAUAUGCUGAAUAUUUUCAAGAUUUCUAA